AUGAUAGGGUGGGGCGACGUGUACAAGGUGGUGGCCGGCAUGGCGCCGCUCUACUUCGCCCUGGGCCUGGGCUACUGCUCGGUGCGGUGGUGGAAGCUCUACACGCGAGACCAAUGCGACGCCCUGAACCAUCUCGCCACCUACUUCGCCGUACCCUUCUUCGCCUUCAACUUGGCGGCGCGCAUGGACCCCUACGCGGUUAACUACCGCGUCCUGGCGGCGGACGCGCUCUCCAAGCUAGCCAUCGUGCUUGUCCUCGCCGCCUGGGCCGCCGCCGCCGCGUGGACCACGCGAUGCGGCGGCCGGGAGUUGGUCUCUUCCUGGUGCAUUACCGGCUACUCGCUUACGGCCCUCAACAACUCGCUCGUCGUCGGCGUGCCGCUGAUGGAAGGCAUGUUCGGCGAGUGGGGGCGCGACCUCAUCGUGCAGAUAUCGGUGGCGCAGUUCGUCUUCUACUUCCCUCUGCUGCUGCUAGCGUUCGAGGUGAGGCGAGCCAGCGGUGGCGCCUGGAAGCCGGACGGGGACGUGCAGGCGAGGGACGACGUGGAGGGCGGCCUCCAGGAGAGGAGGCCUGAGGUGCUUAUCUGCCCGUUGCUCAGAGUGGUGUUGCUCAACAUGGCGCGGAAUCCCAGCGUCUACGCCGGUGUCCUCGGGGUUGCAUGGUCUUUUGUCACACACAGGUGGCACAUCGAGACUCCAAGCAUCAUCGAGGGCUCAGUGUUGAUCAUAUCAAGGACGGGGCUUGGACUCCGCAUGUUCAGCAUCGGCCAGUUCAUGGCGCUGCAGGAGAGGAUCAUCGCCUGCGGGACUAGCCUGACGGCGACGGCGCUAGGCAUGGUGCUGCGAUUCAUCACCGGCCCGGCUGCCACUGCCGCGGCAGCGGCUGCUCUGGGGCUCCGCGGAGACGUCCUGCGUGCUACCAUCAUACAAGCCGCCCUUCCUCAAUCCAUAGCUGCGUUUGGGUACGCGAGGGUGUAUGGCCUGCACGCUGAUGUACUUAGCACCGGGGUAAUAUUUGGGACAUUGGUGUCGCUGCCCGUGUUAAUUCUAUAUAAUAUUGCUCUGGGCUUCGUUUGA